GAAAGGACAAAGCUUGAGAGGGCAUUUGGGGGUUUGAAAGUGAACGACUCUCCUUUCACUUUGGUCUUUUCACUCUGCUCUUUCUCUUUCCCUGUCCUGCUGUGUAGUUCUGACUCUGGCACUAUCUUCAUGUGGCACUCUGGCAUGCAUCAUUGCAGUCAAAAAGACCUUUACUCCCGUUGAUUUGGCUGUUAACGCUUUGGGUCUAAGUGCGAAAGGUAGUGCCUUAGUCAAUCAUUCAGCUGUCUUCACCUGCGGUGGCUACAAGCUUUUUGGGAUUGUUGAAGGCUAACACAGGACAGUUUAGUUGGUCAUGGAGAAAGGUAAAGGCUUGUUGAAAAAACGUGGGGCUGCGGCUGGUUCUCAGAGCUCUCAGGAUCUGAGAAGCAGCUACCCAGUAGAGAGCAGUGGUGGCGGGCUGCCAGCCAAAGUGAAGAAAAGCAGGAGCAGCAAUGGCAGCAUCAAGAAGGUGGAGGCUAGGAAGGCUUUGAGCUUGGAGGCGGCGCAGCUCGAGAUCCAGCAACAGCACAAAACCCUCACCAGACAAGUAGCCAUCAGGUCGCAGACAUUUGAUGUUGACAGCAAAGGCUUUGAGAAGACGGAGAGUACUGGCACACAAAGUAGUUUCAUUAAGCACAACAAGACAUUCCACAAGUUGUUUCCAGACAUUCCUGAAAGUGAAGACUUGAUACAUGCGUACAUCUGUGCCCUGCUGAAGGAAGUGCCCUACCAUGGUCGACUGUACAUCACGGACACCAAUGCCUGUUUCUAUUCCUCAGUUUUGCUUAAAGACACCAAGGUAGUGAUUCCAAUUUCCAGCAUCUACAUAGUGAAGAAGCAGAAUACAGCUUUGCUGGUACCCAACGCCUUGUCGAUUCGGACCACUGAAGGAGAAAAGUUUCUCUUUGUGUCGCUGCGAAACAGAGAAUCAUGUUAUCAGCUCCUGCGGUCAGUCUGUCCUCAGAUAGAGGACGGCAGCACAAAUAGUAGCCCUGUCUUCUCUUCUGCUGAAACCAGCUUUGAUAAGAGCAAACCUGUGACCUCAAGCCAGUCCAGUCUAGACGACAGCUUCGACCAGUUCGAUGGCUCUGAAUCUCAGUCUUUUCAGGACCAACCUCUCUUCAGACCACACAGAGAGGCAGUGCCUAAUGGAAACGGCUCCACAUUUAACAGCCUGCAUAUGCACCAGAGUGAUAGCUCAUCGUCAGAGGAGCUGUCUGUAUCAGGUGGAUCAUGGGUGUGGAAUGUGACUGAAAAAGCCAAGUCCCUGCUGGUUCAGAGAGAGGCCAGCACCCUCAACACACUACUCUUCAUUUACUUGAUUUUGGUUGUGCUGCUGCUGCUGUCUUCAGGAUACAUUGGUUUGCGUAUUGUAGCCUUGGAGGAACAGCUGACAUCCCUAGGUGCACUGCCAGAGUUCACCUUACAGAGCGGGUACCACAAAGACACAUAGCCUAACACUCGGCAACUGAAGGAGAGAAUGGUUGACUCAUGAUUGGAAGAUUAUUUUGGCCUCUUCCCAGCAGAACCUGGCGGGGGAUAACUUCAAUGUACUCAGACUCUGGUCUCAACAUGGCGGUUCUGUUACAUAGAGGAAGAGUGGCCAACCUGUGCAAUUUCAGAAACAACUUGUUGACUUGAAGGGCUAGACUUCCUCCCCGUGCAGUAAACUAAAGGACAUGCCACGUCUUAGUCUCAUAGAGCCAAGCCAAAAUGUAUACACACUGCCUGGCUGCAGUGUGUCUGUUGUUCAAACCAAAGCCAAACGGCUCUAACGCAGCAAGGUGCCACACUGGCCAAAUUGAUGGCCACUUUCUUGGCAGAAACUGUUCCACAUCUGUGAACUCAUGUUGUCCAUGGUCCUCUUCUACCUGAGCAUGCAGUCUGAACAGGGCUUUACCAAUCAGCAUUAGCCUGCUGUAGUGCUUAUUUUUGCACCUCGGCUCCAGAGACAUCAUGCUAUGCAUAGCCAAAGAUGCACACAGUGCACGUCGUUUGCAUGAGUGCACAGAGAUGACUUAAAACAUUUUCAUAUUUACCCCUCCAUCUCUCAGUAGUAUGUUCAAGCCUGUCUUGAUCUUUAAAUUCAUUUUUGUGGUACUUCAAAUUCCUAAUCAGCUGUGGGUUGAAAUGAUGAUGUCUGAAAUUUCAAGUUCAGAUCAGCCCACAGGGGCGAGAUACUUUCCUGAUGGUCUUAUACUUUCUCUCUUUCUCCAAUCAGUAAUGAUUGCAGUAUUACUUUCCUCGUCUUUGGCAUGAUUUAAACCUGUUUAAUGAUCAAUGCUCAGAGGUUAUUUUCACUCCAGUCUCUACUGGAUGAAUGCAUCAUCAAUGCACAAAUACUUAGUACAGUAGGAAAUGAGGAGGUUGUCUCAGAGGCAUAGACAUGUUUUUGUGUACAACUUUUCUAUGACUUCGGUCUUCAAGAGUAGAUUUAAGAUCUGUCUGGUUCAGAUGUCUUGUUGAUGUACUGUCUACCAGAAAAAUGACCAUCCCGUGUUAGAGUACAGACCUCUCUCUGUUUGACAGGCCUCUUGAGGACCAAGUGGCAUUUCUAGUUUUUUUUUUUUUCUUCUUCAGGUUAUUUAAAGUAGCACCAAUAAUGUAUUUCUAAUGUUCAUGUAUGUGUCUGCAAUAUCGACACUUGACUGAUACUGUAUAUGCAUUCUUACUCUUACCACCUGAAGAGGAGAAUUUAGAACCACACUUGCUGUACGGUCCAAGUUUUAAACAGCAAAACAAGUGGUCCCAAAAAGAAAUUUCAAUAUGCAACAAAUUAUUAUGCAUGGCAAAAUGUAAUUUAUCUUUGUGUGCAGUUUUUAAGUGGAGCUUGAUGUUUGUGGGAAAGAAAUUGUGUAAGGAAACAAAAAAAAAACAAAAUAUGUGAGUGAAAGAAAUGGCUCAAGUGAGCGAGCGCACUUUAAAAAAUGUGUUGUGCCUGUCACAAUCCAAGACAUGGAUUGAGGAAAAUAUGGCAAAGCUGGCAUUCUGUGGUAUCUGACGGUGCUAAGACCUUUUUUAAAUUGUUUUCACUCAGGGGUGGUGGGUGCUACCUGCCAAGUGGUUUUAGGUUGUCAACUUUUUUGUUUCAUUUCAGUCUUGUGCUCAUGAUGGGUUUCACAUUCUGUACGUUGUUGGUGGUUUCUCUAUCCCUUUGAGAAACACCAUUUUUCAUUGAGUUCACUUUACUAAUCGAUCCGACUGUGUUGAGCUUCUCAGAAUGCUUGCUUUUUUUUUCUUUUUCCCCUCUUAUGAUCCUUUUAAAUCAACCUAACACAUAUCCAUGAUUUAAUGUCACCCUCAUUCUGGAAGCUCUUCUUGGCAAGUUGUAGUGAAUUAAUUUACUCUUGCUCUAUCCUCAGUCAGGAGAGUUAAUUCUAAUAUUUAGCAAAGGUUUUUGUCAUCAUGCCAUAUACAGUACUGUCAGUUCUUAUAACCUCCCACCAGGGAGCAGCACACACAAUAACUGUCCUUUAAACAGACUCAAUUCAAGAAUCCUAAUGAGGGCGGAAUUUGUGUGGUUUUGCACUAUUCAAAGUGUUGUAAAUAAUUUUGUAUCAUUUGUUAAUGUCCUUAAUUCGACUAUGGUCCUAUAUAUAUUUAUUUGCAUUCUGUGUAAUUCAAAGUAGUCUCUGUGAGAUGGCUUUGCUAUUGUUCAAAAUAAAACAAUUAUUUCGAAGUAAAUAA